GGCAUUCAGUCUUCGUUGACUUUUCACCCGUUUCGGUUCGGUUGGUUUUCGUCGCGCUUGGACUCCUGAAUCCUGGGGAAGGACCUAUACAAACCAUCAGAGUGACAUUUGCAUUUUGGAAAUUGUCAUAGUCGGUGAUUGGAGCAACGAUCCGCAGGACGAAGGACUUUCCCGUACCGUAGUGUGGCGGGGAGUGGAGUGAGGAAGUGUGUGUUUCCUAGGAAAAGAAGCCCUGGUGUGGUUUUCCCGAUUAUCAUCGUUUACAUUUCCUGUUGGUCCUUGUCCGAUGAAUGAAUGGAUCGGUGGUUGGUGAAUGAAGAGUAGGGUAGUAGGCCCCUAGUGUUGCGGUUCUGGAGCAGCGGCGUGAGGCAGAAGGAGAGCUUUGUGCAAGUGUUUUGCCGCAGUAAGUGAACUUCCUAACGAUGGCACUUGAGGAGGCAUUUGUCGAAUCGUGUAACAGAAGUGAUACUUUGUAUUUGUUCCCCAUGUGGUUUUCCGCUUGCUAGGGGCAGUGCAGAGUUUUAGUGGCGUGUAUUUGGCGUCGAGAGAGGAUAAAAAUUACACAUGUGAAAAAAAACGCACAGAUUGGCAGCUGCAUGGGAAGGAAAGGCCUCCCGGAAAAUAUUGAUUGCAACAAAGUUCGUUCUAUUUUGUGCUGUUUUCUGGUGGAACGUUUCGGAGGAUAAGGAAAAUCGACGGUGGGAGAGUGAGCUGUUUUUUUUUGGUGAUCCCACGUGUGAUGUUUAUAACGUUUGGAUGGGCGGUUCUAUUCCUACGGAAGAGUGCACACAAAGUUUGAUUAUCUUGCACACACUUGUGAAUGUGGAUUUUAAAUCUGCCGUGGUUUUGAAUAGAUCCUGUUGUUGGUAAAGUGUAACGGCAGCUGAAUAGAUGUUAAUAAAUGCGUUCUACGGCCGGCUGAAACAAGCAAGCCUUGAUUGAAUGUGCUGUGCGAUUUACCCAGGGCCGAUGGAAUUGUGAAGAAAAGUGGUGAGCAUUAGCGACGACAAUUCACAGACGACAGUGUAUAAUGGAAUAACUGAAGGACGAAAAACCUGUCGGCAAAAAGGAUGUUCGUCUGUGCGACCAUAUAAGUGAAAGUUGAACGCCAAACCAAGGCCGGAAUAGCUUCUGAAUAAAAGUGGGAAAUAAACCUCGAUAAUAAUAAAUAGUGAGGAAACUCGUCAGCUGCUAGCGGUAAAAGUGAUUGCUUUCCGGUUGUAAUAUUUAGAGUUUUAUGAGCUUGCAGCGUGAUGUGAUUUUACACCUAUCGGUGAAGUGCUAAGCAAACAUAGAAAUGCUCAAUAUGGAACGAACCGUUUCCGCUGAGAAAGUUGAAAAAUAAGCGUCGCACUGCCAUCAAGCAUCCCAUCAAAUGAAGCCGGAUCGAGCUUGCUUUGGAUAAAUUGAUGCGUCGGAUUCACCAACAAGAAAAUACUUACCACCAUUUCUGACUGAAGGCUUUCGGAUAGCUUGCCUCAUUCUCGCAUGCCUCCCCUUGUGUCAUUCGUCCUUACUCGAUGAACCUCGCAGCGGUAACCACCGAAGGAACGACGACAGCAUGGUUCGUAUGGCAGGCUCAAAGCUAUUGGCACGACUGCUACUGCUAAUUUCGUCGGUCACGUUGGUCUCCCUGCUGGCGCUGACCCGGUGCGGCCUCGGCGGACUCAUCGCCACAGAAAACGGAUUUUCCAACGGAGGCAGUGCUUCCCUUGGAGAACGUAGCGGUGCUCCGCAAGCUUUCGUCGGUGGCGAUGAAGAGUACGCUGCUGGGCCCAACUCUGGGGCUCGAGAGUCUUCCGCUGCGCUACCUGCGGCAAGUCGUUUCACGAAUGAUGAACAGCAAAAUGGGUAUCUGCAGAUGUUGCAACAACGCGAAGAGGAAAAUCUCAAAGAGGUAGCGAAGCUUACGGCUGAGAUCAAGGCACUCAAGCUGCAGAUCUUGCAGCUGAAGAAUGUUCAACCGGUUGAGCUGCUUCCAAAUGGGACUGGGUUAACCAGCGGUGGAAUAUUGAAUUCUCCGCAAACGCCUACCAUUCACGAUUGUUCGGCGUUCAUUCGACGUCAGGUCGGAUCGGCGGAGAUCCUUCAUGGGCUUCCAUUGAACAACGAGUAUGAGUUGAUCCCGUUCAAUCACUUCACGUUCAGCCGGGUUUACCCGAUCGAGUUGGGGUUGGGGAAACGCGUAGUUGAGAAGCCAAUUGGGUAUAAGCGUAGGGAUAUUCUAGGGGCGUUGAAUAAAGCGAUCGAGACGCUGAAUCGGAAUAUAACCACAAACAUGAUGAAGUAUACACUGGAUGACUUUACGGAGGGUAUCUACCGGAAUGAGCCCACCACGGGAACGCAAUACGAGCUCUACUUUCGCACGAAGGAAGUCAACAAGAGUGCGUCAUCCAGUGGGCAACAUCAUGAUCACGGCAACCAUGGUACGACCAAGCUGAUCGUGAUGCGACCGUUCGCACCGCUGCAGACGAUCCAGAUGGAGGCCUUUCCGAAGCAGCAGGAAAAGGAACUGAUCCAUAUCAUAUUGCCUUUGUCCGGGCGAACGUCGACGUUCCAGAGUUUUAUGGACAAAUACGUCAAGAUCGCGCUGAAGCACGACAAGCGGGUGCACCUAACGGUGAUCUACUUCGGCGAGGACGGCUUGUCGGAGGCGCGGUCGAUCAUGAGCCGGGUGAUCGGCAUGAAGAACUCUGGUGGGAAUUCGUCCAAUUUGAAGCUGCUGGCGUUGAACGAAACGUUCUCGAGGGCUAAAGCCCUGCGAGUUGGUGCUGAAAAGGUGUGGAGCAGCAAUGUAAAUAAGGACAAGGACGUGCUGCUGUUCAUGUGUGAUGUAGAUAUAGUAUUUAGCGCUAAAUUCUUAGAUAGAUGCCGUUGGAACGCCAAACCGAACCGGAAGGUUUACUACCCGGUGGUGUUCAGCUUGUACAAUCCUCAUGUGGUGUACACGUUGCAGGGCAAGGAAGUGCCUCCGGAAACGGAUCAGCUGCUCAUCUCGAAGGACUCCGGCUUCUGGCGAGAUUUUGGCUAUGGCAUGACUUGCCAGUAUCGGUCCGAUUUUCUCAAGGUGCGAGGUUUCGAUGAGGAGAUUAUCGGUUGGGGAGGUGAAGACGUGAUGCUGUACCGGAAGUACGUACGAUCUCACAUCAAAGUUAUCCGGGCGACGGAUCCGGGUAUAUUUCACAUCUGGCAUCCGAAGAUUUGUACAGGUGUGUCGGCGGGACAAAAGCUUUCUGUCGAUCAGUACCGAGCUUGUAUCCGAUCGAGAGCGUUGAAUGAAGCGUCCCAUGCGCAGUUGGGAUUCCUGGCCUUCCGGGACGAUAUCGUGGCAAACGAGGGUAAGAUAUUGAGUGGAAUGAAGCUCGGGAACUCGAGCAAGGUGGGUCAUAAAGUUAGUAAAAGUGGUAGCGGCGGUGGCAAUAAAACGAGUAAAGACUCGGACAAGAAGCUUACAACGACAGAUCACAAUAAGAAAAAUACAUGAUCUUUCAUGAUACAGCAUCAGGAAAGCAUUUGGCGCAUUGAAUUCUAGGUUAGACCAUCUUAGUAGGACCAAAAGUUGCAGCUAGUAAUGUAGGUGAAGCGCGACAUAGGUUUAAAACUAAAUUCCUGAUGUUCGUAAAACGACAUAGUCAAAACUUCUGAUCUUCACCGAUCGCAACGAUCUUUAGUUGACAUUGAGUUUUCAAAAGAAACCAACUGUACAUAAAUAGAACAAUAAUAUUUCCCCUUCCUAGUCAUUAGGAUUCCAAUUGAAAUAAAGACUUUUAGAUCAAAUUGAGGAACGAAUAAGAACCUAGCAGAAUGCUCAACUUUUUGAAUAGAACCAGAUGGACGGGAAGUAAAAAGUUUACGGUCACUGAGCGCGCUCAGUAAAUAUCAGAAGGCAAUUAAAUAAUUUUUCCCUGACACCUCCACAUAUAGAAACGCAAGAAUUUUAUUACCAGUGUCAUGCGUAAAACGAUUAUCUCUGACCCGUACGCAAAUGAUAGUGGAAUGGGCCGGAAAUGAUCGUUGGCCGAGUAAAUAGAGCGAUGACAAACGCGUUCGUUUGAAGAUCAUCCGCCAAAUAGUGUCAUUAGAGUUGGAAUAAUUUUUAUCGGUACGAGCGUUAUCUAGUUUGUAAUUGGUUUGUAAGCGAGAAUGACUUUUCAGCGACCUGAAGCGAACCGUAGCUGCAUUCAUUAGUUCCAUUGCCAAAAAGCUGAAUCAGCAUCGAAUGAGAGAGGAAUUAUGAUCGAGGAGUUUGGAAGAGAUUGUUAACAUAUAAAUGACCUUUGGUUACAUUUGGUUGUGAGAAAAUUUGAUUUCCUUACCAUUGGAAUUAUUUAUCAAAGUGUCAAUAUGUACGAAGUCGUGGAGGGCUAAUAAAAAAUUAAAAUACUAAUUACUUUUGCAGUA